AUGACGGUCCAGGUCGUCCUCAACACCCCGCUAGCGGAUGCUCUGAGCGCCGCCAUUCAGCCCAAGCUGGUCGAAGCCGGAUGGGCAUCGGGCUCCGACGACGAUGCCGCGCUUGUCGAAUACAUCAUUCUCAUGCUCGUCAAUGGCCGGACGCAGGAGCAGAUCGCUACCGAACUCUCAGCUGAUCUCCUCGGUCUGGGCCCCGAAGAUGCUGGCGCCACGGAAUUCGCCGCGUGGCUGUUUCAACAGGUCGAGCAGACUGAUGCGCAAAUCAACGGUACUCAAACUUCAGGCAAUGAUGCCAUGACCGGCAUGUCUCAAGGGAAUGGUGACUUUGACACCGAUAUGGGUGCAGGUGACGGCAAUGAAUUGAACGCCCCGACCGGCCCGCGUUCUAUGCGAAAUGGUCCCAAUCCUCGAGGUGGUCGCGAUAAGCGGAUGCUCGGCCACAUGGCCAAGGCCAUGGAUCGAUCCGGCGAUUCGGUUCUCCACCGCGUCCGUGGCAACGACAGAAUCAACUCUCACGCCCGAGGCCCACCUACAGGCCCCAGAGGCGGCAUGGGACGAGGUGGACGGCCCAUGAAUAAUCGAGGAGUGAACAUCCAAGCUGGUCUGAACGCGAUGGCGGGAAUGAACGGUCAACAUGGCGGGCCCCCGGGAAUGAACCCUAUGGCCAACGCUUGGAGUAUGCCGCCGCCGCAAGGACAGCCAUCACAAAUGGACCUUAUGGCGAUGAUGGAGCAACAGGCGCAAAUGAUGUCACAACUCCAACAGCAGCUCAUGAACCAAAGCGGUGGGCGAGGCGGACGUCGCGGUGGGAAGUCUUUGUUUGAUCGCACUCAAAACUCUCGCGGUGGUUUCGGAAACCGGCAACACCAAUCCAGAGACAAGCAAGAUUCAGCGAUGACGGAAGGCGGAGAAGGAGAAGACGUUGAAAUGUCACAAUCGAAGCGCGAACCGCCCAACCCAGACGAGACUGUCUGCAAGUACAACCUCCGCUGCACCAACGGCGAGUGCAAGUUUGCGCAUCAGUCUCCCGCGGCACCACCCGGCACCACGGUUGACAUUAACGAUGCAUGCACAUUUGGUGCCGCAUGCAAAAACCGCAAAUGUGUCGGACGGCAUCCCUCUCCGGCAGCUAGACUGGCGCAUCAGAGCGAGCAAGACUGCAAAUUCUUCCCCAACUGCACGAAUCCCAGGUGCCCCUUCAAACAUCCGGAGAUGCCACUGUGCCGCAACGGUGCUGGGUGUACGACUGCGGGUUGCAAAUUUACACAUGUUAAGGUCAAGUGUCGAUUCAACCCUUGCAAAAAUCCUCACUGCAUGUACACCCACGAAGAAGGGCAGCAGGGUGUCUUCAAAGACAAGGUCUGGACCGCCGACGGGGUAGACGACCAUGUUAGUGAACGUCAGUUUGUCGACACAAAUGCACAAGCCGAAGUGAUUCUUCCCGAGUCAGAGAACGCCGUAAAUCAAGAGCAGAGCAAUGCACAGGAGGUGAUUAGCUAG